CUGGUCUUUUUAUCAGCUCGCUGUGACAGACGGAUGAACUUAACUCGGCGCUCGGACUUUCUGCGGGUCACGGCUGCGCUUCUCGCGCCCGGUUUCGCUCUCCGGAAGCGGGACUUCAGUCUGUCACUCUGACAACUUUCUCCUGCGGCUGCUGCUCCAAGAGCAACAGGUGGAAAUCUCCAACAGAUCUCAUACUUGGAAUCGUGCUGCCACACUUUGGUGUAAGGCACGGCUGGAAUGAGACUGAAAACUGGAAAUUCUUUUUCUCCUCCGAUUUAAACAAACCCCUCUCACGGGCUCACUGUCACGUGGAUUGAUUAUGUGAUGUGUUGCAACACUGAUAUGUUACACUGAGCAGUGAAAACAAAAUAAGACGUUUCAUUUGACACAUUCAUUAGUCCUAAAGAUUCACCAUGUGAGUUCACAAGGAGCAAAAACUCUCCCAGUUUGUGGAUGUGGAUCUGGGGUCAUUUUUUCCAGGGAAAACUCCAGUGCUUGUAGAUAAUGAAAUUACUGCAGUAAACUUGACAUCAGGGGAAAAUAUAACUGUCUUAAGCUCCCGUCUUUGCUGAUGAUGUAGUAAUUUUAGUGAUACUGAGAGCGUCUCAUACGAUGGCCUCCGCCUCGUCUCAAGAGAAGCAUCAACCCCUCUUGCAGCUCCAGGAGGUGGACUCCAGUAGAGUUGGCAGGACUCCAGCUCUCAGCUCCUCCUCCCCUGGUCUGUCACAUGAAACCAGUCAGCCCAUCUGCAUCCCCUCCCCAUACACUGACAUCGGCCACGACUUUACCACCAUACCCUUCUACAGUCCAACUAUCUUCAGCUAUGCUGGUCCCAGCAUUUCAGAGUGUCCCACUGUCCAUCAGUCUCUAAGUGCUUCUUUAUUCUGGCCCAGCCAUAGCCAUGUAGGGUCAUCCAUACCGCUGCACCACUCUCAGACCCGGUCCCAGCACAGCCAGCCACAUCAGAGCCCAUGGGAUGGAGUUUUAACAACCAGUAAGAGUGUGAGGAGGCGCUCGCAGGAGAGCGAGGAAGGUGUGGUGUCAUCGGGUGGAAAGGCAGACCUCCACUACUGUGCAGUGUGUCAUGACUACGCUUCAGGCUACCACUACGGAGUGUGGUCAUGUGAGGGCUGUAAGGCCUUCUUCAAGAGGAGCAUCCAAGGACACAAUGACUACAUCUGCCCAGCAACUAAUCAAUGCACUAUAGACAAGAACCGCCGCAAGAGCUGCCAGGCAUGUCGCCUUCGUAAAUGCUAUGAAGUUGGCAUGACCAAAUGUGGUAUUCGCAAAGAGCGUGGAAACUACAGGAGCACACCAGCCAGGCGAGUGACCCGUAUGUCCUCACAGGGAAAAACAAAUGGACCAAAAGUGGUAACCGAACCAGCAGAGAGCUUGUUAAAUGGGCCCCAACCAACUGCACUGACCCCGGAGCAGCUGAUUGAGCGAAUAAUGGAGGCAGAGCCACCAGAGACCUACCUCAUGAAGGACAUAAAGAGGCCGCUGACAGAAUCAGAUGUGAUGAUGUCGCUCACUAACCUGGCUGAUAAAGAGCUGGUUCACAUGAUCAGCUGGGCCAAGAAGAUUCCAGGGUUCGUUGAGCUCAGUCUCUUGGACCAGGUACACCUGUUGGAGUGCUGCUGGCUGGAGGUGCUGAUGAUUGGACUGAUGUGGAGGUCGGUCGACCAUCCAGGGAAACUCAUCUUCUCUCCGGACCUCAGCCUGAGCAGAGAGGAGGGGUGCCGUGUACAGGGCUUUGUGGAGAUCUUUGACAUGCUAAUAGCUGCCACAUCCAGAGUGAGAGAGCUCAAGCUGCAGAGGGAGGAAUAUGUCUGCCUCAAGGCCAUGAUACUCCUUAACUCCAACAUGUGCCUCAGCUCCUCUGAGGGCAAUGAGGAGCUGCAGAGUCGCUCCAAGCUCCUGCGGCUUCUGGAUGCUGUGACGGAUGCUCUGGUGUGGGCCAUCGCCAAAACUGGGCUCACUUUUCGCCAGCAGUACACCCGCCUUGCCCACCUGCUCAUGCUGCUCUCACAUAUCCGCCAUGUCAGUAACAAAGGCAUGGACCACCUGCACUGCAUGAAGAUGAAGAACAUGGUGCCUUUGUACGACCUGCUGCUGGAGAUGCUGGAUGCCCACAUCAUGCACAGCUCCCGUCUGCCUCGCCGGCCUCCUCCAGCGGAGUCCAUGGAUCAGACAGAGGUGUCUGCUGAGCCCCACAGCUCUAACAGUGGCCCCUCAAACACUUGGACUCCCACCAGCGCUGGAGCUGGAGGUGAAAGCCAGUAUUCAGAUUAGAAUUCAGAUGCAAUGACUUCUCAAUGCUCUGCACAAAACCAGUACACAGGAUUGAUGAGGUGCUUUACAGAACAAUCUGCAAAGAUUGAGAGCUGGCUUCUCUAAUCUAUCCCUGGUGAAUCUUUGAACACACUGUGCAUUAUUUUUAGUGAUUUAACAUCUAUGAAGUUGAAGCUAUCAGAUAAACUUGCAGGAUUUGUUGCUUUCAACCAUAUACCUGGAGAACAUGAACAGCUACCAAACUGGGAACUCGACCAGUGGCGCUCGAUUAGCUUAAAUGUUCUGCACAUUGGGGCGUGGCAUCAAACAUCACAGCUCACGCCUUCACAGCAAACUAUUUCUGCAUAAAUAUGACUCAAAACUAUAAGUUUUUCACAGAAUUCCCCAAAGUAUCAUGUUAAAAAGCACCUUUUUUCCUUUCUCAAAACAUAAGGUUUUGUAUUUGAAGAAAAAAUUUUUAUCUGUCCACAUAACAUUUAUCAGACUGCCCUCUGGCUUGAUUUUAGCUGCAAAUGAGCCAGUGUUGCAGAGGUCUUAAGUUUUUUUUUUAGCCUUUGUGAACACACAGGCUGUCACUUGUCUUGCUCUUAGUAAUGUUAUCCUCAAGCACGUCUGUUAUUUUUGUGAGCACUGUUUCAAUACGUUGCUUCAAAAUGCCAAAAGUCAUGUGAACACACCAACCGAUGCCUCAUUACGUCAGAUGUGUGUGCAACAUGAAUCAAACUGCUUCACUGGAAUUUUGAAGAGGGUGGCCUUGUCAGGGUCUCGUUGCUUUGAAAAUAUAGUUACACCAUUACUAUCUCAGUUGCAUAAGCUUCCUUUUCUUCAACCAUAAACUUCUUUUAAAUCAAAGUAACCUUAUAGCCCCUUUUAACAGUAACACAGAUUAAGAAGAUAACCUUUAUUAAACACUGAGUCAAACAUGAACUACAAAGACCCAAGACAGCAAGAAGUAAUCAAAUGCAUUGCAUACACACACAGCCAGGAGAUGAUGCCGUUUGACUGUACCAAAUUCUUUGAAGCAGUGGGUCUUUUUCACGAUAGACGUGUCAAAGUGAUUCACUGCUUCAUAAGGCUUCGGUUUCACUCUCCUUUUUUUUUGCUGUCCCUGACCUUUUGUUGAUCGACCACUUCAAAGGAAGAGAGCCAUGAAUUUCCCAUUUGUGCUCAAUCUGUGUCUAAGUGGAAGUGUUGUGGAGUCCAAAAACCCACAUACGUAUUUUUCAAAAACUUUAAUAGAUCUCUGUUCUUUAAAUAAAACUGGACACCCUCUCACACUUAAAUAUAAUUUCAGUUGCAUUUAUGCAGAAAUAAAGAAAAUUCUAACAGCUUCAAAAACUUUCAACCAUGACUGUAAGAAAGUCUGACUAAGUCUAAAUACAUUUACAUUUACAUUGACUGUAAUCUUAAACUACUGACCUUAAUCCCAGAAGUUGUUGCUGAUCAGUCCAUUCGUCCUCUUGUUUAUAUAUUAGCGAGUAUUGUCUGAUGUCCCCUGUGUCCUGCAUUUUACUUUCAACAUGUUCAGAACCAAAGUAUCACUCAAAAAGGUGGCCUUAUUUGGGUUCAGAAAAUGCUGUUAAUAUGGAAAUACUCUUGUAAUCAGGUACAUAUCUGAAUAUUGCUGUCCAUGCAAAAGUAAUCAGUCAUGCUUACAGGCUGUAAAUUAUAAUGCUGAGACUUUUUAAACUGACUAAUCAGAGUAUGUACAGUUUUCAUAAAGCCUGGGAAUACUUUGUAUUGGUGGUGUACUGUAACUAGCAGGUGAGUGUCAAUGAUGCCCUGAAGUGUUGUCAACCAGUGGUAUAUUGAAGAAACUUAAACUGUGAAUUUAAACCACUGGCAGGUCUCUUUAGAAAAAGGGGGAAAAAAAACAAAAAAAAAAAACCCACAAAAAACAGGCUUUAUGCUUUGUAUUUUUCCGUAUAUGAUCUCUACAGAUUUCGGGC